AGGGGGGUCCCUCCUGCCAGCCAGCCCAGGGAGCUGGGAGCACACGCACACGCGCGUUUGCACACACGCACACGCGUGUCACCAGCGGAGCCUGUUAAAGAGACACGGUCGCCCGUAGCGAUAAUGGAUCGCGAUGGGAUCGCACUGGCACCGGGAGAGGCGAGUGGGCUGUCACAGGAGGCAGGCAGCGUGGAGCAGCUGUCCCUGCACUGCGCCGAGGGCUCUCUGGAAUGGCUGUACCCCACGGGGGCCCUUCGUCUCCGCCUGACCCCCCGCCUGCCCCCCACCACCGCCGCCGUCAAGGGCGGGAGCCCCCAGCACAUCACCGCCUGCGUCAAACCCACCGGGACCUUCCGGGGGGCUCAGCUUCACCUCGAGAGGGAGGGGGUGCUGGAGCUGCUGCUGCCAGAGGCCCCCCGGCCCCGCGCCCGCUGUUUCAGCUGGCUGCCCCAGGAGAAGGUGGCCCUGUUCCUGCAGGCCACCCCACACCCCGACAUCAGCCGCCGCAUCGCCGCCUUCCGCUACGAGCUGCGGGGGGACUGGCUGGCCCGGCCAGCCCUGCCCACUGCCAGCCUCGGUGCAGAGGGCGCGUGUCGGCCGUGCAACGACACCGAGAUCCUGAUGGCCAUUUGCACUAGUGACUUUGUGAUCCGUGGCAGCAUCCGGAGCGUGUCCAACGACGCGGAGCUGCAGGAAUCCAUCAUCGGGGUGAGCGCCACCCGCAUCCACCGACAGAAGUUCCCGCUUUUCCAGGUGGGCGGGUGGUCGGGGCAGCCCGUGGGCAGCAUCCGCACCCCCCUGCGCUGCGGGGUCAAGCCGGGCCCCGGUACCUUCCUGUUCACGGGGUGGCUGCAUUUCGGGGAGGCCUGGCUGAGCUGCGCCCCCCGCUACCGGGACUUCCAGCGCAUCUACGAGGGGGCCCAGCGCGCGCGCCAGAACCCCUGUGAGUUCCCCGUGGACUGAGCGGCUCCGGGAGUGCGACCCGGCCCCGCGGGACCUGGGGGACCCCUGGCAACGAGAGUACCCCGGGGGACACAGGGACGGUGCCCAGAGGGA